AUGGCUGCGCAGCGCAUCAGGCCCUCGCUCGCCGACCUGUACGACGAGCCUGCUUUCCCAGAGCUCGAGCCCGGCCAAGCUCCUGCCGCCCGUGUCGUCCGCCAACGACCUCCCGCCGUCUCGUCCAGCUCGCUCCCUCCUCCAAUCCCUGUCGUACCGCCAAGCUCUGCCGACCAGGCCGCAUCACCUCCCCCUCCUUCCAAGCCCAAAUCCCGCUUCGCCCUCCAGCGCGAGAAGGACGCCGCCGCCACCACCGCCGCCGCCGCACAAGCAGCAGCAGCAGCAGCAACGCAGCCCGCCAACAGUGCGCAGCGCUUCGAGCUCGACCUUGACGACGAGGGCGACGAGGAGCCCGAACGAGGAGGCGGUGCCCUGCCGCGAGGAGGUGGACGGCCGUCGCUCAUCAAGGGCGUCGUCGAACGACCAGUCGGCGCGAGGGGCGCAAGUGCGCCCAAACCGCCGUCGGCACCCGGCCCGUCGAGGCCCUCGCCGCUCGGCGCACGCCCGACCGGGUUCCCGUCGUCCAGCCGAGGCGUGUUCCCUCGCCAACCCGCCCCUCCUCCACCUGCCACCUCCUUCGCAUCGCCCGACCUCGUCGACGACCGCGACCCCGAGGCGGCAGGCCAAGACGCCGACCCGACCUCGCUCGACGGCCUCCUCGACUCGGUCUCGCGCGAGAACGACGACGUCCUGCGCGGCAUGUCCGAGGCCCAGAUCCUCGAGGAGCAGCGUCAGAUCCGCGAGGAGCUCGGCCUGUCCGACGGCGUGCUCAAGAUGCUCCAGGCGCGGGCGCAGAAGCGCUCGCCGGCCCCGCGAAUCGUGCCCACGCCCAGAGCCCGUCCAGCUCCGGCCGACGCGCCCGCACCGCGGCCAACCGUCGCAGGCGAGGGCGAGGGCGACGAGGAGGAGGGCAGCCCCGAGUACAUCCGCCGACACUUCUUCCCCAACGAGCCCCGCAACCCGGCGCUCGACUGGAUGAAGCCGCCGCCGCCGCCGGCGGGCCGAGCGGGCGACGCGCCUGCCUUACCAGCAGCAGCUCGCCUCGUGUUCGACGUCCAGGGUCGCCUCCUCGAGGGCGAGGCCGCACCUGUCGCACCCGCCGCCGCGCCCGACCACCACGUCUCCUCCUCGACGACCUUUACCGUCCCAUCCCUCCUCGCCCUCACCGCGUCGUCCGUCCCCUCGCAACGCUCGACCGCCUUCGCCAUCCUCCACCGCAUCCUGUCGCGCUCGGUCGAGUACGCGCCGCGAUUCGGCGAGCAGGAGUGGCAGGCCGUCCGGGUCCAGGCGGCGCAGCGAGCAGGAUGGGCUUUGCGCGACUCGAACCUCGGCGUCGUCGGCGCGUGUAUCGCGCUCGCCGCCGUCCUCCUCGCGCAAGAUGUCGCGGCACCGGUGGCGGCGGCAGCAGCGCCGCGACUCGAGGGCGCCGAGGAAACGGCCACGGUCGCCUCGACUUUCCUCGAGACGGCGCCGCUCCCAGCCCUCGCCUCGCACCUAUCGCUCGGCGCCGUCCCUCGCCCUUCUCUCGACGCCGUCCUCGCGAUCUUAACGUCACUCGUCCACCUGUCGCGCUCGUCGCCCUCGUCGUCCGACAUCCUCGACUCGAUCUUCGACACGCCUCGGCUCCUCGAGUCGCUCGUCUCGACCUUCCUCGCUGUCCCCUAUCCGCCGUCAUCUAAGUCCAUCCUCCCUUCACCCACAGCCCUCGCCUUCCUCGCCCUCCUCGCCCGCACCUCGCGAUCUCGCGCAUCCCUCCUGUGCACCCGCAGCCUCGUCGACCCGACCUUGCGCUUCAUCGCCCUCCCGCCAUGGGAGCUCCCGCCCUCGAACCCGGCAGGACACGCCCUCGGCGACGCCCUCUUGCGCGGCACGAUCGAGCUGUGGACGGUCCUCGCGCGGUACGGCCUCGCGACCGACCUGCGCGGCAAGGCGGCGCCGCUCCUCGACGGCCUCGUCGAGCGCGUCGGCGAGCUGCGCCGUGCCUCGUCGACGUCCGCCGGCGCUGCAGACGCGGCCUGGAUCGCGCCGUUCCUCGGCCUGCUCGGCAUGUGGACGACGGCCGCCGUCGACCCGCACGUGACGGGCCACGACGUGACGUGGAGCCAGGUCGAGGGCUUCCGCGACGUCGCACUCGAGGCGUACGAGCUCGGGUUCGCGAUCGGCGAGGCGACGGGCGCCGGCCGGGCGGUUCUGAGCGCGGCGGUCGAGCUCCUCGGGAGCUGGCUCGAGGGGAGCAAGGUCAACCGGAGCUGGCGGGGCGAGGAGGAGCGCAGAUGGGUGCGCGUGUCGCUCGGCGGCGACUUUGCGGCGGGCGGGCGGGCGAGAACGCUCGUCGACCGGGCGCUCGCCGUCGUCGCAAGCGGCGAGGAGGACCUCGAGGGCUGGGCUGGGCUCGCGGCGCGAGCGCUUCGCCUCUCGGACGCAGACGCCGACGUCCUCGAGCCCGCGACGCCGCAGCUCUUCGCGCUCGACGCGGCGACGGCGAGCGCGGCCGUCUCGGGCGUCGUCGGCAGUUCGGCCAGGUCGUCGUCCCUCGCCCUCGCCGCCGUCCUCCUUCCUCGCCUCGACCUCGCCUCGCGCCUGUCCGCCACGGUCGCUCUCCUCCCGAUGCUCGGCGUCGAGGACGCCGUCGCGGCGCGUGACCUCGUCGAAUGGCUCCUCGCCCUCGUCGCCAAGCCCGACAACCACAUCCUGCCGCCGGUCGCCGCACUCGACGCCCGGCUCGAGCUCCCCGCACUCGCGCAAGCCGCCACCCUCCGCCCCUUCCUCACCUACGCCAUCGUGACCGCCUCGGGCGGCCGCGUCGUCGGCCCGCUCUUCCCCACCCCUCGCGACAUCAAGCUCACGGCGUGUCUCGCGCCGUUCGCGCCCGACGGCCCCGUCCUCUCGCCCAACUGGCCACUCGCCGCGCUCAACGAGCUGCUGCGGUCGGGCACGUCGCCCGUGUUCCAGCAGUUGCCCAAGGGCUGGGACGCGAGCGAGCUGCAGCUCGUGCGGUCGUCGCUCGCCCUCAUGCGCUUCGUGCGCUCGGCGGCCGCUAUGGGCACGAGUCGAGCGGCACGCGACGCGCCGGCGCUCGUGUACGACCUCGUCAAGGUGUUCAUGCUCGAGAAGGACUCGAGCGGGACGACCAAGGGCUCGAGCGGCGCCGACGCCGAGGUGUUCCGCGACCCGGCGUGCCAGGCGUCGCUGGGCGCGCUCCUCGCCGAGCUCUCGGUCGGCGCGCAGGCGUCGCCGCAGGUGCUCCUCGCCGACGAGCGCGACGCGAGCGCGACGAUCGAGGGCGUCUCGGCCGUCGUCAGCUCGGCGCCGUUCUACCAGCUCUACACCGACCUCGUCGGCCUGUACGACGCCAUCUCGCUCUCGGACCGCCUCUUUGGCCUCGUCCUCCUGCCGCCGCUCGCCAUGGCCUACCCGAUCGACUAUCGCCGGCUCAUCUGGACCGACUACGCGCACGUCCUGCCCGCCCUCAAGUUCUCGGUCGACGAGGCCAUCAGCGACGUCGGUGGCGCCGGCGCGCUCUCGGCGUACCUCGCGCCAGCCGAGUCGAGCGAGCCGAUGCUCGCCGCCUACGUCGACGCGCUCGUCGGCGGGCGCGUCUCGAGCGAGCGCACGCCGUUCCUCCACUUUGUCGCGCUCCAUCACGUCGCCGCCGCGCUCCUCGAGCACGACUCGCCCGCACAAAAGAGCGCAGUCAAGCUUGUCAAGGCCCUCGUCGGUCGCGGCGCGAGCAAGACGCUCGGCGAGGUCGCGCGGUACCGGCAGGCGCAAGUUGGCGAGGAGCUCAUCCUGUCGCCGGCGUGCCUCGAGGCCGGUGCGGAACAGCGAGCGAUGCAGGUCGCGAGGCUCAAGGAGCUCGCCGGGUCAGAGCUCGCGGCGAGGGUGGACGAGCUCUUGCGGUGAGCGCGCUCUCGAUGCGGGUCCUCGGGCGAGUACAACGGGUGCAACUGAGGCUCGAUUACACAAC